UGCAAGUAAGUCUCACCACCAACUUCGUCCAUCCAUAAAUCUAAACCCGCUUCCAUCACCCAAAGUCUAACACCUCACUCCCAGACAUGGGGAAGAAAGGCUUCCACCUCGCCGAAGCGCGCAAAGGCUUCGACGAGCUCCUCCGCAUGAAGCCAAACAUACCCUUCGAACUCUGCGACGCCUGCCAGAGCGCCGACAGCGACGAACCCCCGCAUCCGCCAUGGUUAUGCCUCCACCAAGAACCACGGGACCUCCAUAAGUCCGCCCAUAGCUACAGGGAACUGGCGAAGCAGCAGAAGUGUUCCGAGUGUUCGCAGCGUCGCCAUGUCCACAACCCACAUUUGAGCUGCGAUUGCCCCUACAAGACCGAGCAAAAGCGCCAGCAGUUAAGGGCGGCGAGGGAGGUGAGAGUGGCGAAGGCGCUCGCGAAGACGAAUGCGAAAGACAAGAACGCAGCUAGAGCGGAGAAGAAGAGAGCAAAGAAAGCUGCUGGGGUGAAGAGAGAGAGACUUGAGCCAUCACGCGAAACGGAAAAGGGCCACCCACCCUUCACCCUCAAGCCCGCUCUAAGGGGCUUCCAAGCUGUCCUCCGGGCAUACCCAGACCUAGUCUUCGAGCCGUGCGCUCUCAGCCAGCAGAUUGGCCACUCCGACGUCGCCCAUCCCCCAUCGCUAUGCCCGUUCCAAACACCAGAGCAACUCGAGAUGUCGAAGCAGUGCUGGAUAGGAUUGUGGGAGACGCAGCCGUGUGGUAUAUGCAGGGGAAAUUACCGCGUUCACAAGGCACAUGAAAUGGUUGAUUGCCCAUUCAUAAGCCCACAGCGACGCGAUAACCUUAUGAGACGCCAGAUGACGGGGGGAACUGUGACGCGGGAGGAGAAGAAAGCCCGCCGCCAGGACAGGGCAGCGCAGCGACAGAUGAAGAGAGGUGGUGAACUGCCUGGUAAAUCUGCGAAACAACAGCGACCUUCAUCCACGCAGCAACUUCUGCCGGCAUUCCCCACCGACCAGGCGUUCAAGCAAGGCCAGACCAAUAGAAGCGUACAGCAACUCGCCCUUCCGGAGCUGACCUUGCCAUUUGGCGUUCUCAACAUCAGCGAGCCGAUGGACGAUGAGAUGGAGUUGUAGAUGAUUGCGAGGGCAUGGCAAACCAUCGGAUACGGAUAACAACUGACACCCCUGGAGCUGACUUUGCCGCUCGGCGUUCUCAACAUCAGCGGGCUAGCGGGCAUGGCAAUAGAUUUGUACGCGACGGCAACUGCGGUGUGGAGAUGGGAAUGAUGCUGCUGUUGCAUACUAAGAUAUUGAAUGCCAUUGCGGUUACGGUACUGCUCUCCGCCCGCGGCUUUGGGGCGGGUGGAAGAGCUAGGUCGUAGUUUUGAAUUAAAG